AUGGAAGACGAGAAUGUUCUUGAACAAUUUGAAGACAUCGGAGAAGAAGAUUAUCAACCACAAGAAGAAGAAUCAGAAAUUCUUCCCGAAGAUGAUGCAGUUUUAGAAGAAACUGAAGAUGCAAAUGCUCCAUACAUUCCAGUUGAUAAACAUAAAGUUCCAAAGGAAGACAGAAAAACCACUAGAAAGAUGACUAAAUUUGAAAAGGCUAGAGUUUUAGGUACACGAGCUCUUCAAAUUUCCAUGAACGCUCCUGUCACUGUCGAAUUGCAAGGAGAGACAGACCCACUCCAAAUUGCCAGAAAAGAACUUCAACAAAAGAAGAUUCCAAUGAUUAUUAGAAGAUAUUUACCUGACAAAUCCUAUGAGGACUGGCACGUCAAUGAACUUGAAAUUGACUUUGAUUAA